UGCUUUGGGUUGCAGUAGAAAUACAGAGACAUGGCCAAUAAGCUCGCCAUAAACGCACCGCCUUAUUUCGGAUGAUAUUACUUCUUCCAGUAGUUUCCUGGUUUCUAAUCUCAUUAAAGGGCGUGUGAAGAGCAGAGGAGCCGGAGGAACCACCCCUGGCCAGGACGCAUCCCGGGCAAGGAAGCACCACGGGUCAGGACGCACAAGAUGCGGGAGGCAGAGAGCGAUCACCAGGUCCUCUGACCGCCGUACGGCCGCGGUCUAUCUGGCAAACUUGGAGCAAAGAUGGUUCCACUUCGUAGGUCGUGGAUCAUUCUGAUGGAUAUUUUAAUAUAUACCAAACUGAACCUUUGCAUGGAAGUCGAUUUUUGCACACCGGUUGAGCUCGACGAGCGACUUGCAAUGAGGCAACUCCUGGGGCGCACGGAUAGCACGGCUGAAAACCAUGUAGUGUUUAAACUCAAUGCUUUCAGAAAAGUAUUUUACCUACACCUUUCCCCCGAUUCUAAUUUCCUUGGCCCGUUAAGUGUAGAGCACCGUGCCCCUGCCUCUGCAGGUGGAGCGUCGAGGCAGUGCUUCUAUUCCGGCGACGUGAACGCGGACCCGCGCUCCUUCGCGGCUGUCAGUCUCUGCAAGGGGCUCCAAGGAAUUUUCGCGCAUAACGGAACGGAGUAUUUUAUAAGCCUGUUUGGGGGUGAAGAAAGUCCGGAGGCUGGGAGGACUUUUGACAGGACGCAUGUCAUCCGUCGCCGGACGCGGGCUCACUUUAGUGAUGGAAGCGAUGGAAGCGGUCCCUUCGCCAGAAGGUGCGGAGUGGCACACACUAACGCUAAGUUCAACCUUUCCUCGGAUACUCUGCAAAAGUACGAGUUCAUGAAGGAAUUCGAGAUGGAUGGUGCGACCGAAACCGUCAUGAGAUCGUUGGGAAGAUCGAAACGCUUCGCAUCUAUCCCCAGGUUUGUGGAGGUGCUGGUGGUCGCGGACAACUCAAUGGUCAAAUUCCACGGCGAUGACCUCAAGCAUUACCUCCUGACCUUGAUGUCGGUGGCCGCCAGGCUUUACAAACAUCCCAGUAUUCUGAACUCCAUAAACAUAGUGGUGGUAGGCUUAAUGGCGAUACACGAAGAAGACAAGGGGCCUAAAGUGUCCAGCAACGCAGCUCUUACGCUGCGUAAUUUCUGCUCCUGGCAGAAAAAGUUGAAUAAAUACAACGACAAACAUCCCGCCUACUGGGACACAGCCAUACUUUUCACCAAGCAGGACCUUUGUGGGGCCAAAACCUGCGACACUCUGGGGAUGGCUGAUGUGGGGACCAUCUGCGACCCCAAGAGGAGCUGCUCUGUCAUUGAGGAUGACGGCCUACCCUCGGCCUUCACCACAGCUCAUGAACUAGGCCACGUCUUCAACAUGCCCCAUGACAAUGUGAAGGCCUGUGAAGCGGUGUUUGGGAAGCUGAGGGACAACCAAAUGAUGUCUCCUACGCUGAUUCAGAUUGACAGGAGCCGGCCCUGGUCUGUGUGCAGCGCUGCCAUCAUCACAGAGUUCCUGGACAGAGGUCAUGGAGAAUGUUUGCUGGACCAGCCCCAGAACCAGCUGACUCUCCCAGAGACCCUCCCUGGCUCCAGCUACAGCCUCCACCGCCAGUGUGAGCUGGCCUUCGGGAGCGGCUCCAGGCCAUGCCCCUACAUGCAUCCCUGCACCAAGCUAUGGUGCACGGGGAAGGCCCGUGGGCAGCUGGUGUGCCAGACCAGACAUUUCCCAUGGGCAGACGGCACCAGCUGCGGAACCAGCAGAGUCUGCUACCGAGGGGGAUGCGUGGACAAAAACAACACUGUGCACAUCAAGGUGGAUGGCAAGUGGGGAAAGUGGGGUACGUUUGGGGCCUGCUCUCGGACCUGCGGUGGGGGGGUCCAACUGGCCAAGAGGGAAUGCAACAAUCCUGUGCCAGAUAACGGCGGAAAAUAUUGCUAUGGCCUCCGCAUUAAAUACCGCUCCUGCAACUUCAGUACUUGUCCUGAAACAGGUAAGAGUUACCGCGAGGAGCAGUGCGAGGCGUUCAAUGGCUUCAACCUGAAAACCAACCGCCUCAGCUCCUCCGUGGGCUGGGUCCCCAAGUACUCAGGGAUCUCUCCCAAGGACAAAUGUAAACUCAUCUGCCGAGCCAACGGAACUGGAUACUUUUACGUGCUCGCUCCGAAGGUGGUGGAUGGGACCCCCUGCUCCCCGGACACCUCGGCUGUGUGCGUGCAGGGGAGGUGCAUCAAGGCUGGCUGCGACCACAGGCUCAACUCCAACAGCAAGUUUGACAAGUGUGGUGUGUGUGGUGGAGACAACCAGGCCUGCAAGAAGGUGUCGGGACAUUUCAUGAAACCCAUACAUGGCUACAAUCUGGUGUUAACCCUGCCGGUCGGGGCCUCCAACGUGGACAUCCGCCAGCGGGGGUACCGGGGCCUGGUGGGAGACGAGAACUACCUGGCGGUGAAGAACCAGCACGGCCGCUACCUCCUGAACGGGGACUACGUGGUGUCGGCGGCCGAGCGGGACCUGCUGGUGAGGGGCAGCCUGCUGCGCUACAGCGGCACCUCCACGGCCGUGGAGACCCUGCUGGCCACCAGACCCCUCCAGGAGCCCCUCACCGUGGAGGUGCUGUCCGUGGGGAGGAUGACCCCGCCCAGGGUGCGCUACUCCUUCUACGUCCGCAGGGAGGAGGAGCCCCUGAAGGAGGAGGAGCGCCUAAAGGAGGAGGAGCCCCUGAAGAAGGAGGAGCCCCUGACGAAGGAGGAGCCCCAGAACAAAGAGCAGCCCCUGAACAAGGGAGCGCCCCCACGCAAGAAGGAGCCCCGGAACAAGAAGGAGCCCAGGAACAAGAAGGAGCCCCAGAACAAGAAGGAGCCCCAGAACAAGGAGGAGCCCCUGAAAAAGGAGAAGCCCCUGAAGGAGGAGGAGCCCCUGAAGGAGGAGGAGCCCCUGAAGGAGGAGGAGCCCCUGAAGGAGGAGAAGCUCCUGAAGGAGGAGAAGCCCCUGAAGGAGGAGAAGCCCCUGAAGGAGGAGGUGCCCCUGAAGAAGGAGGAGCAUGGGCGUGAGGGGGAGCCCCUGAAGGAGGAGGAGCGCGACAAGAACAGCGUGCUGGCUUACAGCAACAAGGUGGAGGCUGAGGAGCCGGCGCUGGGCUCCAGCCGCCCAAGCCAGUGGGUGGCGGGCGAGUGGGACAGGUGCACGGUGACGUGCGGCCACGGGCUCCAGAAGAGGCCGGUGGGGUGCCGGGGUGCGGAGGGUCGCCCCGCGGGGGAUUGUCACAUGGGCGGGAGGCCGGCGGCUAUGAGGGUGUGCGGGGCCCCCUGCCCCCUGUGGGACGUGGGGCCCUGGGCACAUUGCUCCAAGUCCUGUGGGCGGGGCUACAAGCGGCGUCCACUGAGGUGUGUGAGCCACAACAGUUUGACUUUACCCAGAGAUCAGUGCUCUGGAAGGAAAAAGCCUCAGGAAUUGGACCUCUGUAAUUUGAGGCCAUGUUAAAUAGAGACGAAUAAAAACAAUGGAACAUUUUACCUGGGCAGAGAAAGGAGGAUUCAAAACGAAUGUUAAUACUAAUCCCUCCUCAAUUGAAGACACCAUUUCAUUCAGGGACAAGACUGCACCAUCAAACACCCUCUCGCUGUGUUGGCUGGCUCUACCGGGCUUUAAUGGAGAACAACACCAGAGAUGCUCCUGUUUCCUACUUUGAAUGGACAUGAACAGACUAAAAGUCGUGCCCUCAUCUUCUCUAUUGGUUGACAGCCUCUGGCAGUGGCUUUUAGAGAGUCUACCUCUAGUUAGACAUGUGAGACUAGUUAGACAGAGUAAAAAUAGGCAGACAGAGAGUAUUGGACUGUUGUUGAGUCACCAACCAUGAAUUUAUAUUCAAAUAAAUUGAACAUCAUACACAAACACAUACAAUGUAAGCAUUUAAUUAAUCUAAUCUAAUAAGAAUAAAUAUGAUUGGAGGGUGAUUAAUGCUGCAUGAUAAAGAAGGGAGAAAGGCCAGUUUAGGAAAAAUGUAAUAUUGGUUGAAUUUUUUAAUCAUUCAAAGAAAUCACUGAACUUUUAUCAGACCUACAUAUGUUACCUGUGAAUUAAAAGUUGCAGAUUGAAACUAACUGAAAUCAGCCCUCCCUUUAUAACAACUACAGUGUCCUGUUCUGGCCUGUGUUGUAUAAGGUGUCCUGUACUGGACUGUGUAGUGUAAGAUGGCCUGUAUUUUGUAAGCUGUCCUGUACUGGCCUGUGUUCGGUAAGCUGUCCUGUACUGGCCUGUGUUCGGUAAGGUGUCCUGUACUGGCCUGUGUUCGGUAAGCUGUCCUGUACUGGCCUGUGUUCGGUAAGCUGUCCUGUACUGGCCUGUGUUCGGUAAGGUGUCCUGUACUGGCCUGUGUUUUGUAGGGUGUCCUGUACUGGCCUCUGGGGUGUGGGGUGUCCUGUACUGGCCUGUGGGGUGUGGGGUGUCCUGUACUGGCCUCUGGGGUGUGGGGUGUCCUGUACUGGCCUGUGGGGUGUGGGGUGUCCUGUACUGGCCUGUGUUGUGAAAGGUGGCCUGUGCUGUAUAAGGUGUCCUGUACUUACCUGUAUUUUGUAAGGUGUUCUGUACUGGCCAGUGUUGUGUAAGGUGGCCUGUACCGGCCAAUUUUGUGUGAGGUGCCAGUAGGGACAGCAUCUAGUAGCCAGGUGUCAAGUGAUGAGGUUCUUCAAUAGAUUUAUAAAUUGUGUUUAGUUAAGCCUCUCAAUGGAAGACUAUAGGUCAUAGCUUACAAGUAACGGUAAUUUUACAUUGAACACUAUUAUUAGUUGCGCUUUUUUAUGUCGAUAUAACAAUUAUAGAUCAUGGAGCUGAAUGGGACUCUACACAAACGGCACAAUUUUGAUUUUGCGAAAAAGGAACAUUAGCUUUUAUCGCAUUAAGGUAGAUUGUUCUCAUGGCUUUUAGCCAUUAGAACAUAUAAAUCAGUUAAACCAAUCACAAUCGGGUAUCUUUGUCAUAGUCACCAUGGAGACACCAUAGGACAAGGCGGAGGCAACAGCCUAUUUAGGUUCUCAACACACAGUGUUCUAACUGCAUAGUUGUAAACUACCAUCAUAUACCUAUACUUAUCCUAUCUGUUACAUGUAUUAAUCAUCCAUAGUGGUAAAGUACCAUCAGAGAUCUAUAAAUAUCCCUAUCUUUUAUAUGUAUUGAUCAGUCAUCCACAGUGGUAAACUACCAUCAUAUAUCACUAUCUGUUAUAUGUUUUGAUCAUCCAUAGUAGUAAACAACCAUGAUAGACCUAUAAUUAUCCUAUCUGUUACAUAUAUUGAUACUCCAUUGUGGUAAACUACCAUCAUAUAAAUAUUAUUACCACUAUGUGUUACAUGUAUUGAUCAUCCAUCUCAAUAGCAGUUGGCGAUAAAAAAACAUAUUUGAGAAUAUAGGUUGCCUUUGAUAAUAUGUAUGAUGAUGUAUUCAUUUCGGAUACCAACUUUCUCAGAAUGAGCGAGAGCCCACUUUAGUUAUCGGACAGGGAAUACAACCUCGAAACUAACGUUUCAAAAACAUGGAUCCUCGAACUGCCAUUCUAUAAACUAUUUUACCCUACUUGCAGCAGUGGAUGUCCACGUCUGAGAGAGGGUUAAGCUUUUAGACGCUAAUAGCCCUUUCACACAUUCUCUGUAUGAUACCUGGAGGGGCUGUAUGCUUAAAUGCAAAUGUGCGAACCCGCACCUCUAGAGUCUACCCAGUAUUUACCCAGAGUUUACCCAUAAUUUACCCAGAGUUUAACCAGAGUUUACCCAGAGUUUACCCAGAGUUUACCCAGUUUAGCCAGAGUUUACCAGAGUCCACCCAGAGUUUACCCAGAAUUUACUCAGAGUUUACCCAGAGUUUACCCAGAGGUUACCCAGAGUUUAUCCGGCCAGGACCCUGGUGUAAAGUCUAUAGUAGAGUAGAGUAUCGACGAGCUGGAGAAUUCCCAGUGAGCAAGUGAGCAUGUUGCUGACGUGUUGUUGUUGUGGUGAUGAUGUUUCUAUCAUGCUACUGGCCAAAACUGGGAGCACAGAGGGUAGCUGCUUCGUACUUUUCUCUUCUUGCCUGUAUUUUGCGUUCCAACUUCUGUUUGCUUUCAGCUCUUCUGUCGAUAUUGUGGAUACGUCUAAAUAAAUGCAGUACUAAAGGAGAAAUCCGGUGUAAAAUGGAUCUGGGAUAUGUUGGAUAACGAGUUGGAAUCUUCGUUUGGGAGCAAAAAAGCGCAUAUAGACACAUUCUUAAUUUGACUGUUUGUAGCCGAUUCUACCAAAACCGUUGACGGGUACUGAUGGUAUUGUCUGUAUAAAAUUUCCUUUUUAAUGAUCAAUCUGUACGCUUGCAAAGUUAUCAAUGCCUCAUUUUAUAUGUUAAGACCCAUAUUAUACUACCAAAGAAGUGUCAGACUACUUCUAGCCUUUUAAGUGGUUUAAUAUAGCUAUUUCGUUUUUACCAUGAGACCCUAUCGUUCCAAGUUUAUAGCGUUUUGGUAGAAUCGGCUAAAAACAGCCAACUUAAGAAUGCGUCUAUAUACACUUUUUUGCUCCCAAACGAACAUUCCAACUCGUUAUCAUACUAAACAUAUCCCAGAUCCAUUUUACACCGGAUUUUUUCCUUUAAUAUCACCGCUAGAAGAGUCAGCAUUACAGAGUUUGUUCCUCAGCCGAUAUCUUCAACGUGUUAUAAACAAAACCAUGACUAACGCUGCAUUCUUUCUGCAUCACGCCCUCCUCCAACACUUACUCCUCCUCCUCUCUCCACCUCUCGCCACCUCCCACUCCCUCCUCCUCCUACACGGCCUCCUCCUCCUCUCUCCACAUCCUCCUCCUCCUCUCUCCACCUCCUCCUACACGUCCUCCUCCACCUACUCUCACCUCCUACACAUCCUCCUCCUACAUGUCCUCCUCCUACACCUCCUCGUAAUGCUGCGUUGAUUCAUGGGAUUUAGGUCAAUUUAAAUAAAUGUUGAGUCAAAGAAAAGUAGCGUCAGUAUUUGUUAUUCCCCAUGUGAGCCAGCCAGUAUCAUAUGACCUGAGAUGAACCAAGUAACGGUAUGCAGAGUUCAGGCCUGCAUGAGGACAGGGAAAUGACCAAAGGCUUCCUCUGUAGGACAGCAAUACUAACACGGGAAUCAGAAACACAGAACGCUGGUCCGUCAAAGCCCACAGCACCCACCCUUAACCGUUGGCCCGUUUGGCUCAUGGUGCAUCUGAAUUGUGUAAAUGUAAAGUUGUUAGCAAUGGCGCUAUUUUGUUUUACAUCAUUUUUUUUAUUGUUUCUUGUUAGCUGUUUUUGUAUACUAUGUAUACAUCCAUUCAUGCAAAAGACGUAUAUAUGAAUAUAAACAUUUGUUGAUUUAU